UUGUACUUGUAGUCCUUGGAAAAAUAGGCGUACAAGUACUUGUGGUGCUAAAAGAACUACAAUGUAGAUGGUGCGAACUAAUGCCUGGGUGGUGAACAGAGCAAACCUCAGAUACAAAUACAAAUGCAGCCAAGUGAAGUAAGCAUGGAGAAAUGACUGAUUACGGCCGUCAGGAAUUUGGGGGAAUCGGCUCCGACGAUUCGUUGGAGGCGGAUGAGGACUCCGAACUGGUACGGCAAGAGUUUUACGAGUACGGCCUGACGCUUGGUGUCGACAUACAAAACGAGCCAGAACUCGAAGGGAUUCUCCUAGAGGGAUUCAAUGCUGAACCACCACCAAAUUUCCGUGUGUGCGAACAUGAGGACGGGCAAACCUACUUCUUUGACACGACGACUGCAAAGUCGCAAUGGGAGCACCCCAUGGACGAGUACUACCGCGAGCGCGUGCUGGAGGAACGGGCCAGGAUCCGCGCUGGCCACCCUCCCAGUCACAACAGCGGCGGCGGGUCCACGCCACGACGUCAGCUGUCGCCGCACCAGAUGUCCCAGCUGUCGCCGCGGCCGCGGGGCGCGCUGGAGCUGUCGCCUCCGUCCGACGUCGGCAGCAGCAUGGAGCUCUCCCCGGUCAUGCAGCAGCAGCUGCAGAUGCGACAGAUGCAGCACAUGCAACAACAGCAGCAGCAGCAGGCGAUGCUAGCACAGCAGCAAGCCGCUGCAGCAGCCAUGGCCGGCCGUGGAAUGGCAGGCAUUAGCCAGCAGAAGAAGCAGACAGCGGUGCAAGGCACGGCGGGGCCAUCCAAGCAACUUGCUCCACUGAAGGGUAAGACGGGAGGAUCAUCACUACUGCCCACGAGUAGCCUGCUGUCUGGCAGCUCAUCCGGCAAGAAGGCACCACAGUCGUCCGUGCCAGCAGCCAAAGCAGGGGUAGCACAGAAGCAAGACCCUAAAAAGCCCGUGGCAUUAUCAUCAGCAGCAACAGCAAUGCCGAGCCAGGGGAAGCAGGUUGGCCAACAACAACAACAGGCAAAGAAGCCAGCCAAGAAGGAUAUUUCGCUUCUGACAGAGAGUGAUGCAACCAGCGAGGAAAGCGAUAGCGACAUUGCGGCAAAGUUUGGUCUUCUAGAUGACGGAGACCUAUUGGAUGAAAGUAGCCCUGCAGACUCGCCACCGGCCAAGCGAGCCGCAGACAGUCGGCCCCAGAAGCCAAAGAGCAGUCCCCGUCCGGAGAGGAAAAUCGGCCUGGCCGGACGAUCUCCAAACUUGUCCGACGCAUCGGCAUCUGACCUGGGUGCUACUCCGCAAGGCAGUCGCCAGGGCCGGAAGAGUCGCAGCCCACUUGCAACUCAGUCUGGUGCGGACAUCAAUGCCGUUUCGCCAUUGCCUUUGCUCCUAUCACCGCCAGGCCACAAUCGAGCUUUGGUUACACCCACUACAGAGGAGCUUGCCAACGUUGAGUACAUGUCCAGCGAAGGAGAUCCGGACAGACAUGAUGACGACGAAGAGAUAUCUCUGCCUAUCCGUGACGGUGUGGAGUCGGAUGAUGUCAUAAUGGAUGGGAUCGGUGUUGAUGGUGAUAGUGACGACUCUGAUAUGAUGCGUGCUCCUGGCCAACCCCAUCGCCGAGCUGACCGGCCAAUCUCUGCCAUUGGAGCACGACAGGCAAUGCUUGAUCGCACUGCAUCAUUGGAGCACCCUCAGCCCGGUCACCCGCAGCGCAUGCCCACCUCCGGUUCUGUCGGCUCGGCAUCUGCCGCCAGGCCUCGCCAGACCGGCACGGCACAGCAUGCCACCAGUCAUCAUGGUAGCACGCUAUCGCCGUUGGCAGUCUCACAGACGGCAGCCGAACAGACGCAGCUUCACGAGAACCAGAUAGCCAGCAUGUUUGCUCAGCACCGCAAGGAGUUGGAUGUAGUUCGCCGGCGCCUGGCCGAAGAACUGGAGGAUGAGCUAGACAAGUUUGAGCAGGAGCGGAAUGAGAAGUGCAACCAGAAGGGCCAGGAGAUGGCCAGGGAGAUGGCACAGAUGCAGCAGGAUAUGCAGAGGAAGAAUGCCAAGCAAAUCGAAGACCUGAAAAGCAGCCUCGCCAAAGAGCUGGAGAAGGAAGAGCGAGCGAAGGCCGACGCUUUGGCCAAGCAUCGUGACGAGAUGGAACGCCUGAAGAGCAAGCACAAGACGGAGCUGGACGAGGCCCGGGAGAAGGCCACAGCAGAGCUGGCGGCCGAGAAGGAAAAGAUCCAGGCCGACCUGCAGGAGUCGAUUGAGCAACUGACAAGAGAAGCAACUGUGAAUUCAAAAUCCCAGCUGGAUGCGCUCCGGAUGACGCUGGAAGCCGAACACCAACAGGAGGAAGCCAAACUGCUACGUGACCUCGAGGCUGCAAGGGCAGAGAAUGUCGGAGCGACAAAGGCAGAGAUCGAAGAGGCAAAGAAGAAACAUGGAACAUCACUGCAGGACCUUACCCAAGAGUUUGCCCAGGAGCGGGAGCAGAAGAAGAAAGAGCUGGCCGAAGAAAACAGAAAGGAGCUGGAGGAUCUGCAGCAAACUCACAGCGCAAAGAUGCAAGCCAUCAAGCAAGAAUAUAUAGACAAGGAGGAGCUGGAGCAGAAACGUCACAAAGUUGAGCUCGACAAGACCGUAGCUAAACUGGAGCAGGACAAAGCAAGCGCAAUCGACAGGGUCAACACGGAGCACGACAAGGCAAUAGCAGAUCUGGCAGAACAACUCGAACUCCAGAAAGCGACCCUCCAAGCCAAGCUCCAAGAGCAUACAAAGGAGAAGGCUGACUUAGAAACGAAGCAAGCCGAGCUAGCACAAGCUAAACGUGGCCAUGAAGUGGAGCUGGAAAGACUUCAAACCGAUCUGGCACAGCUGAAGAAGCAGAGGGCUGAAUUCGAAGAGGACAAGGCAAAGCUCCUGUCGUCAAAGGAAGAGGCAGAAAAGCAAUUGGCGGCAAAACAUUCGAAGGUGCACGGUGAAAUCACAGAACUUCAGGCAAAGCGUGAUGCGCUGGUGCAAGAAAUCAAGAACUUGAAAAGCCAACAUGAAACCUUAGGCAAAGAGGCGACUCAGCUUCAAGAGCAAUUGCGGGCGCUGAGAGUGGAGAUGGAGCAGCUCAGAGCAGCAACGGGGGCUGAAAAGGAGAACAUGGAUCGGUUGAAGGAUGAACACAGCGUCACACUCAGCUUUAGAGCUGCUGGACUCAAGGAUCUUGCCGAGCAGGAAGCAGAGGCAAGAAAGCGCCUGGACUUGAUCAAGUCUGAAGAACAAGUGCUACGACAGGCACAAUCCACACUGCCAGAUUCACAAGCCGGACACAGGCUACCUGAAGAGCAUUCACGGCCCGGCAAACUCGCCAGCGCAAGCAGAACAAAUUCGCUGGCUUUGUCCUCAGAAUCAUCUGUAUCGAUUGCAUCGCCAGUUCCGCAAACCAGACCCCAGCCAUCUGAGAACCUCACCGAUACAUCAGCCGUCCGAUUGCAUCAUGCAGCUGAGGCUGCCGUAGCAACAACUACGCAGGGGGAACGCAAGAAAGACUCACAGGUGCCCACUCAAGAAGCUGCUAAGCCGACAAGAGCAUCGACUCGAGCAUCGACUCGAGCAUCCAAAGGCGAAACAUCUGACUUGAGCAAUGACGUCAAGCAACUGCAAGAGCAAAUGAGCAUACUGGUUGAGCGAUUCCAGGAGAUGCAGCCCAGGUCUGCCAACGAUGGGGAAGCGCCUGCAGGUAGUGGCAAGACCAGGUCACACAAGGCUGAGCCGGAUCGUAGCAGCGACAGAGAUAGGCUAACGCAAGACUCUCGGAGCCGAGAAUCUGAGCGUCAACAGGCCGGGGAACACGAGCAGAAACGCGACAAAUCGAAUCAACACGGCAGCUCCCUACACCGAGAUUCCCAUCGCCAUGGUUCGGAACGCGAUCAUUCACGAGACCGCCACUCCACACACCGUCGUAGCAGUAGCUGCAGCAGGAAUGCUGGUCAUGAACGCCACCGUCACACAGCAGCUCUUUCUGACGACAGUGACGAUUGUCCCCGUCACUCCAGCAAGCCCCAGUGCAAGUGUCACCGAGGGAAGAAGACGAAGAGCAAAGACAGCCAUCGCUCGUCACAGGGUCACCACGGCAGUCGUGUAGACUCAGACAGCUCUCUACACAGUGAAGCCCUGCGCACACCCAAGCAGUCUAAACGAGAGUCGGAAUUGCGCCACAGCUCACGGAGGCGUGCGUGGGAUGACACCCAGACCUCAGGUUUAGGACACACUCGCACAGAGCAAAGGUACCAUCCGGCUAGGGAUCCCAGUUCAGAACUCUACAAAGCCAAGCGCAUUGCGCACGGGAGUCCGCCACCAGACGAUAGAACAAUCAGGGAGAGAGCGCGGCAGAAAGUGCAGAGCUACAUCAGGGAGCUCGACUCUGAUAGCGACACCUUGACUGACACCACUCUGGACGACACAAGUGAUAUCUCAAUCAGCGAGACUAGCAUGGAGGUUAGGCCUCGCCGGCGGCCGGAGUCUGUGAGGUCCUCGUCCCAGAGCAGACAACUCAGUCGUGUUGCUGGCACCAUUGGUUCACAGCUUUCCACAUUAGACAGCUCUAUCAAUCGUCUUGCCGAGAGGCUGGAGAGUGACGUGCCAUUGGUGAUAGCACCAACAUCGCUUUCAUCGUCCACAGCCACAGCUAUCCCACCACAUGAUGAAGACACCGGAGCGGUUUAUCGACCAUCAUCGUACCAGUUCUCGGCACAUCGUCCAUCCAGUUCAGCCACCGUCACCGGUCCAGCGUAUGACAGAGCGCUACGAAGAUUGGAGACAGAACGUGGGCUGGAAAGGGCCAGAAAAAUUGCUCGUGAGGAGCAAGACCGCAAGAGAAGGGUGGAGGCAGAGCAGAUGGCAGAGGAGGCAUCUCGGCGACGACGUGUCCAGGCUGCCCUAGACCUCACUGCACCCGGACCGCAGCUGAGCACGUCACGAGAGAGCAGCCGCUCCAUGCUGCGACGCACCGGUGGUAUUGGGCCUAGCCGUACCAGCGGUUCUCGCUCUAGCAGGCCCCUGGCCGCUACCUAUCGUCCGUCGUCCCACACUGCUUCCACCGCCAGCUUUACAGUAGGGCGCAACAGCUAUGGCAAUGCGUAUGUAGCCUCACCUCACGUCGCACCAAUGGACCUGGAAACACGAGCGGUGCAGCGGUCGGAUGGUGAGACCGUCUAUGAACUUCACUUGACGUAGGGCGUACCGGAGCUAUGGUAUCAGUGCAUCUGAUGAUCAUGCCAAUUAAUAGUCUUUGCCGGCCGAAUGUAGCACUAGAACAUGGCCAUACCCGCCAUCGUACAUCCCGUGGGGUCCACUAGUAACUAACUAUCAUGUACACACUAUCCUGUUGUUGCAUCGCCAUUACAUCAUCAUUAUGUCACCAUUACAUCAUCGUUAUGUCAUCAUUACGUGAUCAACCUCUCCUGCAGGGAGCAGGACAGGCGUGUAGGAUGACACAGGUGAACGCUGUGCGCUUCGGCAAUAUCCUAACAAAACUAUUGUCACACUUACAGAACCACAUUCAGAGUACUCUAUUUGUUCCACUAAUCAUGGUCCAAAUGUUUGAGUGGUGCGUAACACGAAUCAGGGCAGCAUCCCCUUUCCUUCCGACUUAUGCCUUUGUUCUCAUCUUGACCAUCAGCCCCACUAUCAUGCUAUCACAUCACAUUAAACAAUUGUUUUGCUAUUUGUGUUGGCCAGAACUCUCUAAUCGUGACUGCACACUUGAUAAACGCAAUAAUUUAUGUUUUUGUUA